AUGUAUGAUCCUUUACGCACACAAGAUGUCCUCGGACAACUCCCGCUAUUGAAAGCAUACAACCACAUCAUGGUUGGAUUUUCAUUGCAGGACACCGUCAAUCGUGACGAGAUCAUUCAAGCAUUGGAAUUUGCGACUCUUAAGCUUACCACGGCUAUUCCCUGGUUAGGUGGAAAAGUUGUUAACGUUGGUAGCGGUCCGGAUAGCAGCGGUCUGUUCCAGAGCGUUCCUUGUGAAGAAUUUUCUCCUCCAAAUUCGAUACUCCGUGUGAAAGACUGCACCGACCUUCUUCCUCCAUAUCCAGAGAUUGUGGCUGCAAAGGGGCCGGCUUCUAUGUUGGAUGGCGCAGUGCUUGGACCCAAGAACGCGUUUCCGCUCAGCUACGAGGAUUCCGAGACAGAUCCCGCACCGGCUUUGCUCAUACAGGCCAGUUUUUUGAAAGAGGGUCUCAUUUUGGAUAUGGCCGCCCAGCAUAACAUGUCUGACGGUGGUGGUAUCCUUGCAAUGCUAAAUAUAAUCGCAACCGCUCUUCGAGGCCAGGAGAUCCCUACGAGCACGAUUGAAGCAGCCAAUCUAGACCGGAGAACUGUGAUCCCACUUUUGGGCCUGGAAGAACCACUGCUUGACCACAGCCACUUGAUCAGGCCGCCUCCUCCAGCUAUCAGACCCCCACCACCUUCGCCUUUAACUUGGUGCCUCUUUCGCUUCUCGGCUGAAAAGCUCAAUGCAAUCAAAACCGAAGCAAGCGAUCCGGCUCAUUUGACAGUACCAUUCAUUUCGCGCGAUGAUGCACUCUGCGCAUUCCUUUGGAAGCGUAUCACGGCUGUCCGGUUGCGUCGACGCCAAACACCAGAUGAUAUGUCAAAAUUCACCAGAGCGGUCGAUAUCCGUAAAACCAUGGGAAUCCCAUUCGACUAUAUGGGUGUUUCAGUAAGCAACGCCAGUACUUGGCUAUCAUUCCAGCAAGUGACUAGUCUACCAUUGGCAGCAGUAGCUUCCGAGCUACGCAAGACUCUGAAUGAGAUAGACGCGACUUUUGUGCGAAGCUUCACGACCUUUGUUUCGCGACAAAAGGAUAAGAGAAACAUUGCCUAUGCGGGUAAGUUCAAUCCUGAUACCGAUAUGGGUACUUCAUCCAUGGCAUCCGUACCACUAUACAAGGCGAACUUUGGUCUCUUGGGACAUCCUACCCUCGCCCGCAGACCUACAUUUGCGCCCAUUCCGAGUACUAUCUAUGUCAUGCCGCAAACACUCCAAGGUGAUGUUGAUGCACUGGUCUGUCUCGGAGAGGCGGAUAUCGCAGCACUGAGGGACGACACCGAGUGGGCAUCAAGCGUAGAAUAUAUUGGAUAA